AUGAUCGUGGUGAUCGCCAAGCCCCCGAGUGUGCCUGACGAGGUUUCAGACGGCAGCCCAAACGCAGACAUCAGCAGCGGAGGUUCCCCGGAGCGCGCGGGCGUGGGGAUGACCACCGUGGUGACCGCCAUGCGCUUCCGCCGGGCACUGCGCAAGCAGAGCAGUUUCUGGUCCGCCACCGGGAACAGUCCCACCCAAGGCGAGGACACACCCUUGCCUUUCGAAGGCUUGGCCUGUACUUCGAGCUCAAGUAUAGAGCGUGAUGUCAACAGGAGCUCCCAGCCUGAGGCACCAGCAACGACCCUGUGA